UUCGGAGACGUCACUUCCGGAAAAGGAAAAAAAAGUACACAAAAAUCAAACCGGAAUUCAUCUGCUUAUACUGAAAUUGAGGAGAUUUAGAAAAGAGAAAUGGCUCUAACGAGUGUGAAAAUGACGGAGGAAGUGUGGUUAACAUGUCUCAGUCAUGCAUUGUCUACAGAAACAGAAGAGAUAAUGGGGCUUCUCCUCGGUGAUACUCAGCAGUCAAAAAAUGGUAGUGUGACUGCACUUAUAUGGGGAGCACUGCCACAGCCACGUUGUGACAGGAGGAAGGAUCGUGUUGAGACCAAUCCUGAGCAGCUAACUGCUGCAUCAGUCAAGGCUGAGAGAAUGACCCUGGCAACAGGAAGAACAACAAGAGUGAUUGGCUGGUACCAUUCACAUCCCCACAUUACGGUGCUCCCUUCCCAUGUUGAUGUCCGCACUCAAGCCAUGUAUCAACUUCUGGAUGCUGGGUUUAUUGGGUUGAUAUUUUCAUGUUUUAGUGAAGAUGCACAGAAGGUCGGGAGAAUCCAAGUUAUUGCAUUUCAGUCCUUGGAUGGAAAGCAGCAGAAUCACAUGUUGUUGAGGCCUAUUUCCCUUUCCCCUGUACAUAAAAAUUCUGUAAUAGACCUUGAAUCGCCUUUAAGUUCCGCAGACACAUCUAGAGCUGGUUCAAAAAUUGAGAUUCUUGAACAAGAUACUGGUGAUUCAAGAGCUUCUGCUUUAGCUACUAAGGGUGGGACAAGAUCCACGGACUUGGGCAAUUUCUUUGCUAAUGUUGAUAAUAGAGUUGGAGAAAACCUUCACGCCAACAGUCUUAGUAAUGCAGUCAUUGAUGUAGAUCCAAUGGACUUGUCAGAAAGUAUGCAAGAAGCAAUGCAUCGAUCGAAUCUGGAGAUGAGUGGUGCAGAAUAUGUCAGAAAGGAAAUCCCUCUUCUUGUUCUGCCAUCCUCAUCUCUUUUCAAUCUUGAUGCACCUUUGAACUCAUUCACGGAUCUGCAACGGGUAUUAUUUGAAGAAGAACGAACUGCAUAUAAUCAGGCUGUUGUAACAAAUAUGAGGGAAACAAAAGUGCACCCGCUCACUUUCAUUCAUCACACAUCUACAUAUCAGGCUUCUAUGUGCAAAUUAAUGGAGUAUUGCUUAAGUCCCGCCAUCAGUUCCCUCCAGGACCAGUUGAGAGAGAAUGAAAUUCGGCUAAAGAUGCUAAGUGAAGAAGCCGAAGUUUUGGAAACUGAGACUAUAAGAGGGGAACCAAAUACAAGUUCUCCUCGUCGAGGUAGUGCUUCAUUGGGUCAAAGAGACUUGUACAGUCCAACCGAGUUAAGAAGUGUUUCCGGUUCAAGUAGUCGGAGCAGAAAAGCACCCUAAUGAAGUAGCAAGGUCGAUCUUACCUAUGCAAAGUGUAUAGUAGGGGUUUAUUUUGUUAUCUCACCUUGUUGUGACUGCUUCUGGUCCCUUUUGGUGCUUAAUAUGAUGCCAAGUUUUGGUUAUUUUCGAGUUUGUACAAGGCAAAUUUACUGCAAUGGUUCUGGCUUUAGAGCCAGAAUUCAAUGAGGUGGUGUAUUGGAAUUUAGAAAAUUAUGAAAUGCAAACCAGAACAACUAGUGGACAACCUCA